CUCCAGCACACCCAGCCCACCGUAGCUGUACCGCGAACCACCACUUUGCAAUCACAACCAGUAUUCGGCCCGCUCUUAGCUCGAUAAGCUUGCGCGCACCUCCUGCCGACAAGAGGGGAAUUGUCAGCGCGAUGUCAUGCGUCAUCGCCAUCGAUAGGUGGCGGCAGGUAGGGUCGGAGUGGGAGUGCUACACUGAUCGUAACAUCAUAUGUAUAGCGUCGGGAUACCUCGGGUCUUUAACGGAUCUUGAUUCUUUGACCGCUCUCUGCCCGACAUACUUCUGACUCCUGUGCUUUGCUGAUCGGUGACAUCAUGGCUCCUUCGAAACCGCAGGUCAUUAAGCAAAAGCAAAGGGAUCCGGCGAGCAAACUCGAUGUUAUCAUUGUCGGUGCCGGACUGGGCGGUUUAGGAGCAGCCAUCUCCAUCCUGCUCGAAGGCCACAGUGUACAAAUCCUCGAAGUCGCGUCAGAAAUCGGAGAAAUCGGCGCUGGAAUCCAAUGCCUUCCCAACUCCACACGCGUACUCAUCUCUUGGGGCCUAGAAGAUACCCUCUCUAAACUUGCCACUACGCCGCGAUUGUGCAACAUGAUCGGGUGGAAAGGUCAGAAGAUCUCGGACAUGGACUUCUAUGAGUAUGAGGCCCAGUGUGGAACGCCGUUCUGGGACUUCCAUCGUGCCAAUCUGCAUAUGGCACUGCUGGAGAGGGCGCUUGAGUUGGGUGCGGUUUUGACAACGAAUUCAAGAGUGAUGGACGUUCAGUACAAGGCAAGCGGCGAUUCGACAAGAGCCGUUGCUGUGUGUGCAGACGGGAAAAGAUACCUGGCGGAUGUGGUGGUGGGUGCGGAUGGCAUCAACUCGAAGUGCAGAGAGAUUCUACUUGGUCAUGAGGAUCCACCACUGCUUACGGGCGAUCUGGCGUAUCGAUUGCUGUUAGACACAGAGCAGAUGAUGAAAGAUCCUGAUUUGAGGGGUUUUGUCGAAGAUCCCCAGGUCAAUUAUUGGAUUGGACCUGAUGCGCAUGCCGUCAACUACGUGCUCCGUGGUGGCAAGCUUUUCAACAUGGUUCUCUUGGUGCCCGACGACAUGCCAGCUGGCGCCAAUACGCUUACUGGCAACGUCGAAGAAAUGCGCGCUUUGUAUAACGACUGGGAUCCUCGAAUCCCCAAGCUGCUGGCUCUCUGCAAAGACGUCUUCAAGUGGCGCCUCAUGAUUCGACCUGGCCUGGACCCGACAUGGUCCCAUCCUUCUGCUGCGUUCACAAUCUUGGGUGAUGCUGCGCACGCUACACUACCAUAUCUUGCAUCUGGCGCCGGGAUGUCGCUCGAGGAUGGUCAUGUACUUGGUCUCUGCCUUGGCAAAAUCAAAAAUAAGAGCACGGCGGAGAAGAAGAAGGCACUCGACAUCUACGAGCGCUGCCGUCGUGAGCGGACUGAGCGCGUAGUUUCGCGAGGCAAUAGGCAGCAGUAUCUGUACCAUGUGCACGAUGGCGAAGAGCAGCAGGAGCGAGAUCGAUUGCUGACCGAGUUUGCCAAGUUCAACGGCAAAGGCAAGGUCGAAAGGGAUGAGUACGAGGCUGCGGGUUUGACAAUCGAAAUGGAUCCGCUGGCAUGGCGAUGGGGCGGUGUAGGGAGUUGGCUGUUGAUGUAUGUUUGUGAAGAUGAUGUCCUGAGGCGGACAACGGAGUAUGAGGCCGAAGCAAAGCUCUCAAGUCCAAAGGGAGCGAGUGAGGAAAGUAUGAGGGCUGUCUUGUAAGAAGCCCGCGAUUGAAUUUCCAACUCAAAGUUGCAAGACAUCAGUCUUUGCUCAAUUGGCUGGGACUUACAGGAAGCCGAGCUGAACACUGGACUUCCAAAAACAUAAUCUCGUUUUCUCUUGUUUAUCUUGGUGUAAAGUGCGGCUCGUCGUUCCCAAGAGAAGCAUCAUAGAAUCUGAUUGGCUCGUUGAGUGUCAACAACACCC